AUGCGGAUCCACUGUCUGGAGAAUGUGGACAAAGCUCUUCAGUUUCUCAAAGAGCAGCGUGUACACCUGGAGAACGUGGGAUCUCACGACAUUGUGGAUGGGAACCACAGACUGACGCUUGGCCUUAUGUGGACCAUCAUCCUGCGCUUCCAGAUGGUGAGGGACAGGAGGCCCCUGGACUCUGUAGAGGAGGUGAGGGACAGGAGGCCCCUGGACUCUGUGGAGGAGGUGAGGGACAGGAGGCCCCUGGACUCUGUGGAGGAGGUGAGGGACAGGAGGCCCCUGGACUCUGUGGAGGAGGUGAGGGACAGGAGGCCCCUGGACUCUGUGGAGGAGGUGAGGGACAGGAGGCCCCUGGACUCUGUGGAGGAGGUGAGGGACAGGAGGCCCCUGGACUCUGUGGAGGAGGUGAGGGACAGGAGGCCCCUGGACUCUGUGGAGGAGGUGAGGGACAGGAGGCCCCUGGACUCUGUGGAGGAGGUGAGGGACAGGAGGCCCCUGGACUCUGUGGAGGAGGUGAGGGACAGGAGGUGCUAG